AUGGCAUGGAAUAUUUUUAAAACGUCUGGAAUAUUCUAUACAGACACAAACAUUCUCUACAGACGUAAUUAAUUUUCAUGUAUUGGUUAUUAUUGUAAAAACAACUGUCAUAAGGCUAAAAUUUUAUUUCAAUUAUCAACAAGUAUAUUCUGUGAGAUUUUAUCGAAAUAUUCAAUAAAAUAUUAAUAACAUCAAAAUAUGGAGGAUAAAGAUAAAUCAAAAACUGAAAGUAGUAAUAGUAAUAGUCGACCACUUUCCAUUCAAGCACCACCAUCUCCAACACCAGUAACCGUCAUGGAAAAUCAACCUCGACAACCAACAAGUCUUCAUGGGCUUUUAAAAUUCGCUAUGGAUGCUACAAAAAAUGAAGAUGCUCCUCAUGAAUCACAUUUUCAACCUUUAGAUGAAGAACGAAAGAAAUUUUUAAAUGAUGCCCUCAAUUCACUAACUGUCAAUGUGAUAGAAGAAUUGAAGAAAUCUAUAAAAAUCCUAUCAAAUGUGAUGGAAUUAAGAUCAGAGGAUGAUGCAACCGAGUAUGAAACUGCUCUCGAAUGUAUUGCUAGUUAUGUGGACAGCAUGGAUGUUGCAGUUGAUUUUUAUAAAAUCGGAGGCUUCGGCAUACUUGGAGCUUGUCUGAAUUCUCCACAUGAUAGCAUAAGGUGGAAAGCGGCUGAUGUCAUUGCAGAAUUAACUCAAAACAAUCCUUAUUGUCAAGAUAAAAUACUACAAAUGGGUUUGGUACCGAUAUUAUUGAGUAUGGUUGACACGGAUCCAUCAGAUCAAGCUAAAAUUAAAGCUCUUUAUGCUAUUUCUUGUAUUGUCAGAGGAAAUGCUUUAUCUUUAAAAUAUAUGGAUGUCAAUGAUGGAUAUUCUGUGUUAAUAAGAGCAAUGCAAAGUUCGAUACAAAAAUUACAGAUCAAAUCAGCAUUCUUAAUUUCAGCUUUGUGUAGUAAAGAAAAUGCGCAUUCGAUUAGAUCAUCUUUUAUUAAAAUGGGAAUAAUUGAACAAGCUUCUGCAUUGUUAGCUUCCAGUGAUGUUGCACCAGAAAUCAGAGAUGCGUUGCUAAGUAUAUUGAACAGUUUGACAGCUGAUAAUAAUUUACAUGCAUUAAGAGAAUGCCGAAGACCUGAAUUAUCAUUGAAAAGUACCUUAGAACGACACUUGGAGAAUUUGACAUUAGAAAAAGCAACUGAUGAAAUUGAACAGUGUCAGAUGAUUCUUGAUCGAAUUUUUGCAGAUCAGCAAAAAGAACAAGAUCGAUAAUAUUAAAAAAUAAAACUAAAAAAUAAUAUAAUAAAACGCUGUAAAAGAAUGUUGCUGAGUCUACAAAUUUGAUUCAUCUACGCGGCUGACGUAAUUUUUUAUAUUACUAAAUC